AUGUCCGAUGGUAGAAAAAGACUGUCUGGCAGUGAAUAUAUGAAAAGACGGGUUCUGAAGGAAGAUGACGAUAAGAAGCAAAAUGAUGCUCUACAACGAUAUUUCAAGCCAAAGAGAAAACGACCUAGCAGCGGCGAGGGUGGAAAAAUAGGUCCUGAAAGUACAGAAACUAGUGGAGGUACAGCAGCUACAUCUUUAUCUUCAGGAAAUGAUCAGAAAGUUGAUGAACACAGUACUGCGACCACAGCAUACAUUAACAAUGCUGACGGUGGGCCAUCCACAAUAUGUUCAACAGACCUCGUCUGGACUCAAGACAUGCUUUGUGACGAAAGCUCCGAGAUUGAAACAUCAGGCAGAACUGAAAUUAGGCGACCCGAUUCGGAAAAUAACGGAGGAACAUCAGCCGAAGUACUCACCACUGGAGAAGGGAUUGAAGGCGAGCCUAAACUGGAAGACACAAUUGACUCAGAUCCCGGAAGAUGGCCGGAAAUUAUUACCGACUGCAUUCGAACGACUUUGGUCAUGCGAGGUCCUUCCGAGCGCAUUAAGGAAGCUGAAGAAUAUCCUAGAAGCGCGGACAACCGCCAUUUCAGUCCUGUGCACUACAACUAUUCUUUGAAGAAUUUAGAAGAAGCAGAUAGACAUUGGUUGUUGUACUCAAAGAGCGAGGAUGCUGUGUUCUGCUUUUGUUGCAAACUGUUUUCGUCGUCUACAGUAAAAAUUGCAAAGAACGGUAUAAGCGACUGGCGGCACCUUGCUUCGUAUUUCGAAAGUCACGGGAAGUCUACCGAGCAUUUGUAUUCACAUAAAAAGUGGAUCGUGUUUUCCGAGGGACUGAAAAAGUCCCGAACUGUUGACGCCCGUCAUCAAAGGCUUCUCAAUACUGAAAGCGAACAUUGUAAAAAUGUUCUUGAGCGCUUAACAGCAAUAAUUCAUUUCCUGGGUCGGCAACGUCUGCCUUUGAGAGAAAGUACAGAUACACUCUUUCAGCCUGACGACGGAAACUUCUUGAAACUCGUUGAAUUAUUCGGAAAGUUCGACACUGUGAUGAUGGAGCGUCUGCACAGAACAAAGCAAGGUGAGAAAAAGGGUCAUCAUUAUCUUGGAAAAGAAACACACAAUGAAAUAAUUCAUCUUAUUGGAUCAUCUAUAACCAACAACAUUCUAUUAAUGAUGAAAUCUGCAAAGUAUUACAGUAUAAUUCUGGACUGCACACCAGAUAUUUCAAAAGUUGAGCAGAUGACAGUUGUGGUACGUUUCGUCCAGGAGACAAGACUCGACGGGGUAUACGAUGUCCCAAUUUGGGAGCAUUUCCUGGGAUUUCUUCCAGUGCCCGAUUCUUCAAGCUCCACUUUGACGCAGGUCGUACUCAAGUUGUUGGAAAAUUUAAAAAAAAUCCUAUUGUGUAAUAUGAGAGAACAAGGAUACGACAAUGGAGCAAACAUGAAAGGAAAGAAGUCUGGUCUCCAGAAAAGAAUUUCAGAUACGAACAAGAGAGCAUGUUAUGUACCAUGUAACAGUCACUCAUGGAAUCUUGUUGUAAACGAUGCCGCUAUGUCUUCUAAACAUGCUGUUUCCAUGUUUUCGACAGUGAAAAGAUUGUAUGACUUCCUCUCGUCCUCUGUUCGAUGUUGGGAUGUCUUGAAGAAGUAUCUGCCUAACCUGUCGCUGAAGCCACUGAACGAUACUAGGUGGGAAAGUCGCAUCGAUGCACUUACUCCCCUGAGGUUUCAAAUUGGAGGCGUUUAUGAUGCACUGGUUCAGAUAUCAGAAGAAGGGCACCUCCACAUGACCUUGCCCUCUCAAAUUCUUAACUUGUAG